CCGCACAUCAUCUUCAUCCUGGCGGACGACCAGGGGUUCAGGGACGUGGGGUACCACGGGUCCGAGAUCAGGACGCCCACGCUGGACAAGCUGGCUGCCGAAGGGGUCAAACUGGAGAACUACUAUGUCCAGCCCAUGUGCACGCCGUCCAGAAGCCAAUUGAUCACUGGAAAGUACCAGAUCCACACAGGCCUUCAGCACUCCAUCAUACGGCCGACGCAGCCCAACUGCUUACCUCUGGAUAACGUCACGCUACCUCAGAAGCUGAAGGAGGUUGGGUAUUCGACGCACAUGGUAGGCAAGUGGCACCUGGGCUUUUACCGCAGGGAGUGCAUGCCCACCCAGAGAGGCUUUGACUCUUUCUUUGGCUCUCUCUUGGGCAGUGGUGACUAUUAUACUCACUUCAAAUGCGACAGCCCUGGGAUAUGUGGCUAUGACCUCUACGAGAACGACAAUGCGGCUUGGGACCACGACAACGGCAUCUACUCAACGCAGAUGUACACGCAAAAAGUACAGCAGAUCUUGGCUUCUCAUAACCCCAGGAAACCCAUAUUCUUAUAUAUUGCUUACCAAGCUGUGCAUUCACCUCUUCAGGCCCCGGGGAGGUAUUUUGAACACUAUCGGUCGAUAAAUAACAUCAACAGGCGGAGGUACGCGGCCAUGCUGGCUUGCUUGGAUGAAGCCAUAAACAAUGUAACCCUUGCUUUGAAGAAGUAUGGGUACUAUGAGAACAGCAUUAUCAUAUACUCUUCAGAUAAUGGUGGGCAGCCAAUGGCUGGAGGAAGCAACUGGCCUCUCCGAGGGAGCAAAGGGACCUAUUGGGAAGGAGGGAUCCGUGCUGUUGGGUUUGUCCAUAGCCCUCUUCUGAGAAACAAAGGGUCUGUGUGUAAGGAGCUAGUGCACAUCACAGACUGGUUCCCCACCUUGAUCACCCUGGCAGAAGGGCAGAUCGAUGAGGACAUCCAGCUGGAUGGCUAUGACAUCUGGGAAACCAUUAGCGAAGGCAGACGUUCUCCGCGGGUGGACAUCUUGCACAACAUCGACCCCAUUUACACUAAGGCAAAAAAUGGGUCCUGGGCAGCUGGGUAUGGCAUCUGGAACACUGCCAUCCAGUCUGCCAUCCGAGUGAACCACUGGAAGCUGCUGACAGGGAACCCGGGGUACAGCGACUGGGUGCCCCCGCAGGCCUUCAGCAACGCGGGGCCCAACCGCUGGCACAAUGAGCGCGUCUCCUGGUCAGCUGGGAAGACAGUGUGGCUCUUCAACAUCACUGCUGACCCCUAUGAGAGGGUGGACCUCUCCUCCAAGUAUCCAGAUGUGGUGAAGCAGCUGUUGCGGAGGCUCUCGCAGUUCAACAAGACGGCGGUUCCUGUUCGGUACCCACCUAAGGACCCUCGGAGUAACCCCAAGCUGAACGGAGGAGUCUGGGGACCGUGGUUUAAGGAGGAUGAAAAGAAAAAGAAAUCAGAUAAAAGUAAAGGUGUGAACAAGCAAAAGAAGAACAAGAGCAAGAAAAAAGCCAAUCGGAAAAAGGGGCAAUCGUUUCAUUGCCGCUCACGUCUUGCUGGUGGGUAG